AUGAUAUUUAUAAAAGUUUUUAUCUGGGCCAUUUUUUCGCAUUAUUCUGCGUGUGAAUUUAUAGAUUAUUGCAAUUGUAAAGCUAAUCCAUAUGAUUCAAAUGUACCUGAUGAUCCUUAUCAGCAUAUUGAUUUCCUUUGCUGUGAUGGUCAACAAAAGGAUGUUUUCAAUCAUCAAAACAAUCAACAACAUUUGGAUCGAUUGAUUGAAAAAAUUGAUAAUGAAAAAAUAUUUGUCGAUCAAUUCAUUAUAAAAAGUCUGAAUCCUCGGUUGAUAUUCCAACUUGAUUCAUUGAAAAUAAACUGGUUGGAAAUUUCAAAUAUUGAAAUAUAUUCAUUUCAAGAGACAUUUCAACAUAAAAAUUCGAAUAUCCAUCAAUUGAUUUUAUCAAAUGUUAAAGUUUUUCAAGAGUUAUUGUACUUUGUACAAUCCUCAUGGAAUCAUCUUGACAUGAUUCAUUUGGAUUCAUAUCAAUUGAUUGAUCAAUAUCACUUACAACCAUCCGAUCAUUUUUCUAUAUUCGAUAAACCAUUUGCAGAAAAUUCUAAAAUAAAAACUUUAAACAUGAUACGGUGCGAUAUUAAAUCUUUGGCUGGUGUAGAUUUAUUGAAAAAUGUGAAAACUCUUCGAUCGCUUUCGUUGGCACAUAAUCAUCUGACAAGCAUCGAUAAUGUAAAUUUUUUCCCAAGUGAUUCCAAAGAAUUUCAUACACUUGAUUUAAGUCAUAAUCAGCUGCGAUUGUUACCAAAUGAUUGGAAACUGCCAUCUUCUUUGAUCCAUCUUCAUCUGGAUAAUAACAAAAUAAUCGUUCUUCCAGACAGUGUUUACCAUUUGAAUAAUUUGCAAGAAUUUUGGUUUCAAAAAAAUUGUCUAAGUUGUGAGGAUGUUGAACUGAGAUUCAAAGGAAAAAUUCCAGCGAUUUUUAUCUGUUGGACAGAGAAAAAUUUGACAACAAACAGGACAAAUGACAUUGUGGAAUAUAUUGCAAGGUUUCAUCGAAAUUGA